AUGGCUGCUGGGAAGGGGGUUCUGUGGAGCCCUCCCGUGGAAACCAGAGGGUGGCUCAGUGAACCCCAGCCGGUGCUGCUGGAGAAAAGAAACCACCCCAGCUCCGAGGCUGCCGUGGGCGGUGCGGGCCAGGGUGAGGCACCGUCCACACCCCCGGGCACGCUGAGCCUGGGAACGCCACCGGCCCGCUGGGGACAGGGCCGGAGCGCCUUCGCGGAGGUACCUCGGUUCAAGAAGAGGCUGCGGGGAAGGCGGGCCAAGGACGGAGAGCGUGCUGACCUCACAGGCCAGCCUGGCCCUCGGCAGCUGGCCCGGGACACCCCCAGGGCCCCGGGCGGCAGAACGGCCCUCUCUGGGUGGCCCCGCGGAGCUGGCAGGGAGCAGAGAGGUGCCUUCAGCCAACCAGCGGGGUGCCCGUCAGGGAGACCGGGCUCGGCCUCUCUCCUCCAGGCGGGCGGGCCUGCAGAUGCCCCGGGGGAGCUGUGGGGACUCGUCAAGAUGGUAGACAUGCCUUGUCGGGGUCAUCUUUCCAGUUCCAAGCUUCUGGCGGGGGGUUUCUGGAGCCUGUCUGUGCCGCCUCAGUAUGCUCCCCUCCGCGGUGGCCUCUUGGGCGCCCCCACGCUGUGGCUGCAGCAGGCUGUGACCCAAACACCCACCCCCGCGUCACCCUCCCCUGCCUCCUGGGCCCUCCUGCCGCCCACCUGCUCUUCCCCGGGCGCGACCCCCCAGAACUGGUGCGCAAAGUGCAGCGCCUCCUUCCGCCUGACCUCUGACCUGGUCCUCCACAUGCGGUCCCGCCACAAAAAGGAACCUGUGAGGCCUGACCCACGUUCUAGGCAGCUGAGGAGAGAGGCACUCACGUGCCCCGUGUGCCGGGAGGACUUCCGGGAGCGCCACCAUCUCUCCCGGCACCUGACGGCUCACAGGUGA